UUGGAGGCUGCUGGGAGCUGCUGGGCAGGGCUCGGUGCGGGCGGGGCAGCACGGAGGUGGGCACGGGCUGUGCCGGCGGAUGAGGGCGAUGCCCAGCUGGGGCAGUUAGCGUGCUCCUACUGGAAGGUUUCUAAAUGCAGCCCAAGCGCCGCUUGUUUCUUAAGCUUCUGUCGCGCUGUCUUGCUUUGAGGACCUUAUUUUCUUACGAAGCGGCUGCUGUGCUCUUUGUUUUUGUUUCUGUGCGCUUUCACUUGCUCUGUGAGAGAACGGUGCGCCUUUUUUUUUUUUUUCGUGUGCCUUCGCUCAGAGCAAUGGAUGAUGAAGGGAAAAACCGCGUCUCUGUGGAGCUAUCCGACGCGUCGGAGUCAGAUUCCUUCCUGGACCUGGCCUACCAACCUUUGAAAGUUUUCUUGAGGGUGAGACCCUUUUCUGUAGCAGAACUGGAAAACCAUGAAACUCAGGGUUGUGUAACUAUUGAAGAUCCCCAGACAGUAAUUCUUCAUGCACCCAAAGAAUCUCCUGCAAUGAAAAACUGUGAAAGAGGAAUUGGUCACUCUGUACAUAAAUUCACCUUUUCUCGGGUCUUUAGGCCAGAAACCACUCAAAGCGAAUUUUUUGAAGGCUCAACAAAAGAGAUUGUGAGAGCAUAUGUUAAUGGAGUAAAUGGACUGGUAUUUACUUAUGGCGUUACAAAUGCAGGCAAGACAUACACUAUCCAAGGAACUUCAAAAGACUUGGGUAUUUUACCUCGCUCACUUGACAUGAUUUUUAACUACAUAAGAGGCAGACAGUAUGUGAAGAUGAAUUUUAAGCCAUAUUUGAGUAAUGAUGUUAAGAAAUUAGAAGAGGCACAAGUUAAACAAGAAGAAAUCAUAAAAGCCGCUCUUCUGGCAUCACUGAAAGAGGAGACUGAAAGCGUCUCAAAUACUGUUGCAAAUAUGUGUCACGUGGAGCCAACUUCUUCCAAAUGCACUUCAAGAAAUCUGCCUUCUGAUUCACUAGCAGAGAAUUGUGUUCCAGUUGACGCCUAUCAGACCAAUAUACACCAAAGAACACAAGCAACUGUGUGGGUUUCUUUUUGUGAGAUCUAUAAUGAGUAUGUGUAUGACCUCUUAAGUGUAUUAUCUACAUUAAAAAAUCAGAAGCGUAGAGUGUUAAGAAUUUGUGAAGAUCAAGGAGGAAACUCUUAUAUUAAAGACUUGAAGUGGAUUAACAUUCAGAGCACUGAAGAAGGCUGCAAAAUACUAAAAAUAGGAAACAAGAACCGAAGCUUUGCUUGUACUAGAAUGAAUGAGCAAUCAAGCAGGAGUCACAGUAUAUUUUCAAUCCGGCUACUGAUUCUAACUGAUGAACAUCAACCACACGUUCUUGGAGUUUCUGAGUUGACUUUCUGUGACCUAGCUGGGUCAGAGAGGUGUAAUAAGACACAAGCCUUUGGGGACAGACUAAAAGAAGCAGGAAACAUAAAUAAUUCUCUUCAUAUCCUUGGAAAAUGCAUUGCAGCACUGAAACAGAAUCAAAAUCCAAAGAUGAAGCCAAGUUAUAUUCCAUUCAGAGAGAGCAAAUUGACUCGCCUGUUUCAGCCAUUCUUUUGUGGAAAAGGCAAAGCUUGCAUGAUUGUAAAUAUCAAUCAGCAUGCUAAUACAUAUGAUGAAACACUGCAUGUAAUGAAAUUUUCAGCUAUAGCCAAACAGGUUAUCCAGACUGUCCUACCAAAAAAUUUAGGUGACUUUCCACCAAAGUUAAUUGGAGGUGAUGGCAAACCUAUUGUAUGUUUCGAUGUGAAUAAGUCUCAGGAUGACUUUCCUGACAGUAAUGAAACCUCUGCAGAAGAAGAAGUGGACAUCACCAUUCUGAGUCAUGAGGAUCUCUUGAAAACUGCAGAGAACUUGAAAGAGAAGCUAGUUGCAGAAAGGCAAAGUAAACUCCUUCUGGAGAUGAACAUACGUAGAGAGAUGGCAGAAGCAAUGUUCCGACAGCUGCUGGAAACAGAGGAAGCCUGGAGCAACCGCUUGGAAGAUAUGAAAGACAGUUAUGAAGAAAAACUGGAGAGCAAAUUUGAAAUGUACAAAGAAGCCAUCAAAAAGCAUGCAUACAUGUGUGCAAUGGAACAAAUUGAAGACCAUUAUGUUCCCAUAGAAGAAUUUAUAGCUGAACAAGAGAAAGUUGAGGAUAGAGAGAGUAAAAUAUUGCAGUUGGAAAGGCAACUUCAUGAACAGUCAGGAAGGCUGUUGACUCUGGGAAGUCCACAUUCAGAUAUACCGACUACUGAAAAUGGUAUGGAACCAGAUCUUACAGACAAGAUGAUGUUGAAAGCCAAUGAAGGACUGCAGAAACAAUGCAUGGAGAAAGAUGAGCUUAUAAAAUCCUUGAAGCUUAAAAUACAGAAAUUAAAUGAAACACUGCUGGAAGCUAAUGAAGGCUACAGAAAAAUGGUAGAAGAGAACAGCAGGCUGAAGCAUACAAUCAUGCUUAAGGAUCAAGAAAUGAAUAGUCUCCAGAACUGGGCUAAACGUGUUCUUGAGCUUGAAGAAACAGUGUCUUCCCUGCAAAAAGAACUUGAUGGACACAAAAAGCAUUUCUCUAUUGAGGACUCGAAACAGCAGAAACCCAGAAGAGGUUUGUUGGCUAACCUGAAAUCCACAGUAGCAGGUACUGCUGGCACACCUCUUGGCAGAGGCUGGGGGAAGCAUGAAGAGGCUUCAACCUCAAGAAAACACGUAUUGUUCACUCAUAAAGCAAAGGAAUAAUAUUUGAUUAACAAAAUUAGCAAUUACUGGACUGCUUUAUCAAUCUCAUACUGUUGUUAGAUGCUUCUUUUUCUACUCUUAGAUGCCCUCUUCAUUAUUAUGUUAAAUGUUUUAUUAAACGUUUGUCAGUUAAGUUGUAUUAGGUUUAGAGCUACGUAAGUACAGACCCGAACUUCUGCUUUUAUGGUUGAUAUGGGGAUGUUAUUUGAGAUGGAUCAAUAUUAAAAAUCAGUGUAUUUUAUACAUCUUAAAUUCUUAAGUAACUGCUAUCAAGGUCUCUUGUACUUGCAUCAAUUUACACAAUGUGGAAUAUUCUUCAUCCGUUGCUUGAUGCCUUUAUAAAUUAAGUAUUUUCUUUUGUUGUUGAUUCCUAGAAAUGAGAUGGCUUGUAACAAGUGGCUAAAAUAGCUCGCUUCUUCAAAAAUACUGUAACUUUGACCUGAGAACUACCCUCCUGGGACUAAACUGACCAAAUAAGACCUCAUAAAAGAAACAAAAUGAGGUCUUAUCUAUCUUCUUGCUAUUUUUUUCAGCUAACUUGUUUUGUAAAGGAACUUGUUUUAAUAUCAUAUAAAUUUCCACUAAGUGUAUAUGUUAAACUUUGAAAAAUUUAUUAUAAUAAAAUUUUCAAUUAUUA